AUGGCGUUCUUUGUAUCUAUUGAUACUUUUACAUUCAUGUCCACAACCCCUAGCACUGGAGAAUUGCGAACUCUGCCUCUAGGGAACACUCAUUCACUUUAUUACCCGAUGUACAAGGGACAACAUUGCAGUGCAAAUAAACUAGUAGGAUUUAGUCGUGAUCUAGUUACAAAAGAAUACAAAAUCUUAAGGAUAUUUAGUGCAAUAUGUUAUGAUUCUCUGGAUUUUGAUGAGUGUGAGAUAUUCAACUUGAGUUCAGAUCCAAGUGCUUCGUGGAAAUGGAUUGGUUUAGGACCUUAUAAACUUGCUAUAUGGCAAAGGCCUGUCUAUGUUAAUGGAGCCAUUUAUUUGUUCACCGAUGAAAAUUACCAUGAGUCUGAAGUCAUUGCCAUGUUUGACUUGCAUAAUGAAAAAUUCAAAGCAAUUGCACAUCCAAAAUGUUGCUGCUUAGAUCCUUUUAAACAGCGCAGUCGAACGGAUUUGGUGAGUUUGAGAGGCUGUGUGUGUGUGGCAGAACAAACAUAUGAUUCUCAGCUAAAUAUAUGGAUAAUGGAAGAAAUCUAUAUAUCGAUCGAUGAAAGCACAGUAAUUAGGGAAAAGCUGUAUUCCAUCAAUCUUUUCUUAAUGGAAUUUGGAAUCUCUAAUCUUUUCUUAUUGGACUUUGGAAUGUCUUUGAGAUUUUCAAUUGCGGAGCACAAGGAUGGAACAGUUCUUUUGGCUUGUGGAUGGAAGGAUAAGUUGUACUUGUAUGAUCAAAAGUGCCAGAGCUUCAGUUCUUUGACAUAUGGAACAGGAGGCCUGUUUAUGCCAACUACAUUUAUUGAAAGUUUAGUCCCUCUUUAUGGAACAAGGCUGCCAUCUUUUUAUUGA